AUCGAGUACUUGACUCCUCGGGUGUUGCGCGGAGACGCAAAUCACUUCGCAGAGGAAACCAGACAUUUUCUUGCAGGCAUUGCUAUCUUUUUCUCUUACAAUAUCCGUACGCGAACGCGAGGGCGACCCCGAAGAGGCUGCCCGCCCGGCCGCCGCCUAGUCCGGCCAAUCCACCACCGAACCGAGCAAUCAAGCAACGUCCCUCCGAGCGGCCAUCAUGUUUUUUCUCAAGAAUAUGGAGCGCAGGGUCACCCUGCACCCUUCCUAUUUUGGUCGUAAUAUGCAUGAGCUUGUGACGAGCAAGCUCCUCAAGGACGUCGAGGGUACCUUUGCCGGGAGUUACUACGUGAUCUCUAUCAUGGACACCUUUGAGAUCUCCGAGGGAAAGAUCCUACCGGGCAGCGGCCUUGCCGAGUUCAACGUUGGCUAUCGAGCUGUGGUUUGGCGGCCCUUCAAGGGCGAGACGGUUGAUGCCGUCGUCUACUCUGUCAACCAUCAGGGCUUCUUUGCCCAGGCUGGACCCCUGCGCCUUUUCGUGUCUGCACAUCUGAUUCCUUCCGACAUAAAGUGGGAUCCAAAUGCUACCCCGCCUCAAUUCACGGAUAAUGAAGACACAGUGAUCGAACCCGGCACCCACGUCCGAGUGAAGGUGAUUGGCACGCGGUCCGAGGUUAGUGAGAUGUGGGCCAUCGGCAGCAUUAAAGAGGACUAUCUCGGCUGCCUCCAGGACUAAUUUCCGGGGCACAUUUGCUGCCUUUGGUCGCUGGUUAAACGAGGGCAAUCCUUAUCACCUAUCCACCCUCGAGCAGAGAGAAGAUGGAUCUCUGAAGGGUCUCGUGUAUAGACCAAUGGUCGCGAGCCCGCCGCGGCGUUGGCUUCAGCGGAAAGGUUACCGGGGUCUGG